AUGAAAGAGCACUCCACGAACAUUGACAAGAUGAAUAAGGCAGUAGAUGAUUCUGCCUCUAUUUGCAACAACACGGCUGAAAAAGUCGAUAAACUAAUUACUAAUUCCAUGUCAUUCAUGGAGAAGAUCCAGAGCUCCUUUGAGUCCAACACUGCGAAGGCUAACAAAGUCAUUUCUAGUUUGGGAUCAACCCUUAAAACUGAGAAGCUUCAAGAUGAUCUCGCAAUGGAGAGCAAAAUAAUGGAUGCUCUUGCAGUCCAGACUAAAAAAGAGAAAGUCCUGAGCAUCCAACUCGAAAAUGUUGAGAAACAAGUCAAUGAUUUGUUAUUCAAGAAAACAGGUAUGGAAACCUAUAUCUUAGAUGUCAUUGGCAUUCUUUCGGAUAUCAUUAAGACUAUGGACUCAAUGAUUACAACCAUAUUGAGGAAGCAUCUUGCAGAGAAACUAAAGCCCGUCUUCGCCAUGCUUCUUCAAAUAGAAGGUGUUUUGGAAUCUAGCUUCAUUUUGAAACAAGGCGGAGAAAGUAUGUCGCAAUCUAAGAAGGAAGACUCCAAACCCUCAGCCAAGAGCCCUGUCAAAAGUGAAUUUGAGCCUAAAGGAAAAGAAAAACUUUUUAGACAAGAACCUAUUAUUGACCAAAGCGAAGAUGAAGAGCCUAAUGAAAACGAGCUCAAAAGAAGAAAAGCAGGUGAAGCUGAAAUGGAUGAGCAUCAAAGGAUUGUCUGUGAGGCUGAAGCAAAAGAGAAAACAGAAAUAGAAGCUCAGACCACACUUGAAAGCUUAUUUCCAGAGUGGACUCUACAGCGAAUUCAGAACGAAGUUGAGGAUCUACCGAGUCAAUAUUGGCUAAAACUAGUUAUGUCAUUCGAGAUUCAGAAUACAAAAGAUUCACAACUGGAUCUCCUAAAAACUCCAAAAUCAUUCAAGUUUCGCUCUUUUGUAAGAGUAGUGAAUGUCCUAUUCGUUGAUAACGACGCAGACCAUUUUCUUUUCUCAUUCUAUCUCAAACAUAUGCAGCAACAAUAUGAAACGUGGAGUGCUAGCAAGAUUACUACAAUGUAG